GUUAAUAUGUUCUUUAACUGGGCUCUGUUCAAACCACCUGUGUUCGGUGCAGUAACUGAGCCUUUUGUAGUUUUUGGUUUCACCAGUGCGGAAUGUGACACACAACUGUAUUUUCAAAAUGGUGAAUAUAGCUUUACAAGGCUGCAUUUGGAUGUCUAUGUGCAUGGCCUCGCUGAAAGCUCAGUUUGAUGUACAGCCACAUGCCACCUCUGCUGACACUGUCUGUAAGGACCUCGAGACCGUAUGCACAGUGACCUUAGUCAUUGAACAUAAACUGACGAUGAUUCUGGAAAAAGAUAAAGACCUUAUUUAUGCUUACAACGGUGAGCUAUAUAGUUCUCAACGAAGCCGUAAAUUGGGUCCUGUGGAAACCAGAGAGGUUAUCACUGCUGAUGGUGCCAGUUCAAGAUUAGUCAUUACGAUAAACGGACAGUUUCCCGGUCCAAGAAUUGAAACAUAUGUCGACCAAACACUCAAAGUUAAAAUCGUCAAUAAGCUACACACGGACAGCGUCACGGUUCAUUUCCAUGGAAUUCAUCAGAAAGGCACACCGUGGAUGGACGGAGUAGCUUUCAUAUCGCAAUGCCCAAUUUUACCUGGUCAAUCGUUUGAGCAUGUUUUUAAAGCCUAUCCACCAGGAACUAGCAUGUAUCACGCUCAUAUUGGAGACCAACGAAGCAUGGGCCUUUACGGUGCAUUCAUAGUCUAUCCAAGAAAGGACCCUGCGAUAAUUGGCUUACACCAAAUCGUUGCACUGUUACAGGACUGGAACCAUUUGAUGGAUCCUGAAACGGCAUAUCAAAGAAUGCUAACAGAACAAUUUGAUUUUACAACAAGGCGAGUUAUCAAUACAACAUAUUCCGUGGACAGAGCAAGAUUUUCUAGGUUUGAGUUUCAAUCAGGUCUAAUAAAUGGAAAAGGUCGUUAUUGGUUAACGGCAAAUAAUCACAAUGGCAGCCCGCUUACUCGCUUUCAAAUAACGUCCGGGGUAACUUAUCGCUUCCGGAUUAUAGGUGCCAUGACCAUAUAUCCAAUGCGAGUAUUUAUCGAAGGACAGACAUUCAUUGUUCGUGGAUCAGACGCCUACGACAUAGAACGACGGGAAUUUCAAUCGCUUAUCAUCCACCCUGGUGAACGAUAUGAUAUUCUGUGGACGAGCCCAAAUAAUCCUAGCAAAAGGCAGUAUAUGUUUGUUGCAGAAACUAUUGAAACUCGAGCCAGCCACGACAAAUACCACGCCGCAGAAGCAAUUCUAGAAAUUGUCGAUUACAAUGCUGCGACAGAUUUAUUUCCAAAUAAAGCAAGCGAUGUCAACUGUAACUAUAUAAACUGUACAAUAUUGAACUGUCCUUACCAAUAUGAAUCACCUACAACGCUCACGAAAUGCAUUACAUUCAAUGAUAUUAAAAAUAACGAUCCAAUACGUGAACCAGACAAAGUUCUUGGAAAUAGGGUAGAUAACGAAUACUUCUUUAAUUUUGGCUUCCCUGGACGAAAUGGCAACACUCCGGGCUCCGUCAAUGCAAGGGAAUUCGUAUUUCCAUCCGUCUCGAUGCUAACACAACCAAACGAAGUAACUACAGGCUGCGACGAAGCCAAAUGCUCACGCGAUGGUAUGUGUGAAUGCACAUACACACAGAAGAUUCCUUCCAACAAACUCAUUCAGAUGGUGUUCUCUAACAUCGGCAAUGGAGCAGGAUGGUCACACCCAAUUCAUCUACACGGUCAUUCGUUCUAUGUGAUGAAGAUGGGACUUGGAUCUUACAACCGUUUAAACGGUUAUCUUGUUGGUCCGAAUACAGACAUUAAUUGCACGGACAGCUUUGGGUACUGCAGCACCAUGAGAUGGAAUAAUGAGUCCUGGAAUGACGGAAAUAUUCCGGGAAUGAACGAUGACCCGCCACAGAAAGACACAAUUGUCGUGCCAACUGGUGGUUAUGUCGUUGUGCGUUUCAUCUCUGACAAUCCUGGGGUCUGGUUACUGCAUUGCCACGUCGACCUGCACAACACAAACGGAAUGGGGAUGGUAAUAGACGAGGGAGAUACGAAGCCGACUACACCAAUUGGAUUUCCUGUUUGUCGCAGUUUUGAAUUCAAAGGGUUUCCAACUACAAAUGAAACCGAAACAACAAUCAAUCAAUCGGAUCAAACUAAAACUGAUACUGGAACUAGCUCAGGGACCAGGUUCAUUUUUGGUGUAGAAAACAUCCUGACGAUUGUCGUGUUAUCUAUUUGGAACGAAACAGAGCUUUAAACGGAUGCUUAUAAUUUUUUUCACUUCUUUAUAUUGUUAAAAAUACAGACACACUUUAUGAAAGCUAAAUACACUGUUUUUAAUUACUAACGAUGUAACUUAUUCGGUAAAAAUAGCCGUCGAUUGAGAAUCGUGAUAAAUAAUGAUAAGUGGAGAAGCUAAGUUUCUCAAUUAAAUAGUGUCCCUUUAACGCAUUAUUACGGUUGCUGAUGGACGAGGCAACACAUACAGGCGUUAUAUUUGUUGAGACUACAUAUCGAUAUGAAUCUGUUUUUUUUACGUUUCGUCAUUAUUUCUCAAAAUUCAAACGACCGGUUUGCUGCCCCAAUAACACCUGUAUCAGUGUAUAUUAGACAUAUUCUGAUGUUGAAUGCUUUUGUUGUUGACAUAUUUAAUCUGCACAGGGUAUCGAAGUUUAUCUAACAUCUAUAAAUGCAGAUAGAAUAUUUGUUUUUGUAGAAAAGUAUAACAUACAUUUGUUUUUUGAAUCUAUAUGAUGCUUUCUCGUUUUGUAUACCUAAGUGUAUAUUACAUAUGCUGAUUUUGAAUGCGUUUGUUGCUGACAUAUUCUGUGCUGCUAAGGACAACAUAUGUUGAUUAUGGAUUAUUUUGCUGAAAUAUUCUGUUAAUCAUACAUUUGACAAUUUUGAAUUCUUAUUAUGCUGAAAAAUUACGUGUUUAAAGUAAAUCUAACAUUGGCUUUAAAAAAAUUAUUAUUAUGCUGACAGAAUAUUGGUUUCAAACUUAACCUAACAAUUUCUGAUUUAGAAGUCUUUUAAUAAUAACUCAUUAUUUAUUUCAAAGUAAAUCUAACAUAUGCUUACUAUUUGGAAUACUUAGUAUGCUGAAAUAUUAUCUGUUUCUAACAUAUGCUGAUUUAGAAUUAUUAUUAUGCUGAAGCAGUAUUGCUUGUUUAAAAAUAUAUCUACACAUACAAAGUGUUGAUUUAUAUGACCCCUACUUUACUUACCCAUUAUGUGUAUAUAAGUUAACCUAAUAGUUUGCUGAUUUCUAGUGUUUGAGUUAGUAACAUAAUCAGUUCAUCGAAUAAUUUAUGUUAAUUUGAAAACAUAGUUGACAAUAUUUGUUUGUUGAAUAUAUGAUGUUGACGCGUGUUAUAAUUUGCACUUGUGACAUUACUCUGGAUCAUUAUAACUGAGUUGACAAUACCUUCUUUAACUAUGCUUUAGAUAAUAGUAAAAAGAACACGUUG